AGCGGGGCGGGGCGAUGGAUAAACUGACCAUCAUCUCAGGAUGUCUCUUUCUGGCCGCCGAUAUCUUCGCCAUCGCCAGCAUCGCCAACCCGGACUGGAUCAACACCGGGGAGUCGGCGGGAGCACUCACCGUGGGCCUGGUGCGACAGUGUCAAACAAUCCAUGGACGAGACCGGACCUGCAUUCCUCCCCGACUGCCCCCAGAGUGGGUCACCACCCUGUUUUUUAUCAUCAUGGGGAUCAUUUCCUUGACUGUCACAUGUGGUUUGCUGGUGGCGUCCCACUGGCGAAGAGAAGCUACAAAAUAUGCUCGAUGGAUAGCAUUCACUGGAAUGAUCCUUUUCUGUAUGGCUGCCCUAAUAUUUCCAAUAGGAUUUUACAUCAAUGAAGUCGGAGGUCAACCUUAUAAAUUACCCAACAACACAGUAGUUGGGUCAUCAUAUGUACUUUUUGUCUUAUCGAUUUUCUUCACAAUAGUAGGACUUCUGUUUGCUGGCAAAGUCUGUUUACCAGGCUGACGAAUGUCUAAGCGGCUUAACUCUUAUUUUAUUUUAUUUUAUUUUUUUAUUUUUAGAGGUUGGGAGGACAAAGAGAAGGCAUCUGGGCAAUCCUCUCAUAGGAAGAUGCUUAGAUGAACCUGAUGCUGAAAGGAAAAAAAUGCUUUGAUUUGUUCUCACUAUGCACUUUGGAUUUAAAAAACAAAACAAAAAAAGAAUGAGAGCCUUUUCCAUAACCAAAUACAAUAUUGACUAAAUCUCCUGAGCAUAUUCAGGCAGGCAGUCUGCACUGUGAUAGCAACCUAGUGAAGGAGAGUGCUUUAUCCUGAAAGCAUGUGGCCCCUUGUGACUCUGUUGAUCUGUUUUUAAUGUCUAAUGGUUCAUUUUUGAGGGGGGGCCGUCUAGUAUUUAUGAAUCAUGAUGGACCAGAGGGGUGCAGGAGGUUCGUGUGAGGCUGGCCUCACCUAAGAUGUUAGUGUUCUCAGCUUCCUCGUCAUGUCAUGAGCCUUUGGCGCCACAAUGGAUCGCCAUUGCAUUACUGCACCGAGAAGCCAAUAGAUCCAAACUCGUUUGCUAAAAUGUAUGUAAGAAUUCUAAAACUCCCUAAUCUCUGUGUACAAAAGAAAAAGGCAAACACUAAGAAACAAGCCUGGGGUGGGUGGGGGAAAUCUUCCUUAUAUUUAUAUAAAUAUAUAUAUAAUAUAUAUAUUUUGCUGAUGCAGUAUACAGUGUGUAUAUGUGUGUGUGAGUAUGUGUGUAUACAUUUGUAUAUGCACACAUGCAAACAGUUCCUGGAAGAGAACUCUGAGUGCUUGCUAGCAAAACACUGUGGUGUGCAACCUAGAACUCAAUAGAAAAAAAGCCAUUUAUCUGAAGGCUGCGUAGUGGAGAGAGUCUUCAGCUUACCUCAUUCUUUGUAGCAGCCCUUGAUUUUGGCAGGUUUCUGUAAUAGGUACAAAUAACUCCAUACCUUUCUAGGUGCAAUUUUAAGUUAAGCUAAAGAUCCUUUCUAGGUUUAAUUUAUUUGUGUGUGAUAGUGAAGUGAAGGUCAUGUCAAACCUUAUAGUUUGGGGAUCUGACACUGUGGAAGUGAACGGCAACUAUCCUCUAUUGUACAAACAUUCAUUUUCCCCGCUGCCUCAGCCUGCUGCGGUAACAAUGCGUCCUGUAUGUUCACGCACACAACUUCUCAUAAACAUCAAGUUCGCGUGCAGAUAUCCGCUGGUUGGCUAUUUACAACACUAGUUUUACAACACUAUUUACAACACUAACUGCAUUUUAUCUGUAAGCAUUAUUUAGUAUAUUUUUACCAGACUCUUGAGCAAUACAGUAUUUCCUUUAUACGCUUUACACCUUUGCUGAAAAGCUGACACUCAGUGCAGCUGAUCCUGAACUCACGAGUGCUUUUAAAUAGCCCUUUCCUCUCCAAAUCCCCAUCCCUAUGUCAACGCCUAGAUUUUCCUGGUGAACACUAUAUAGUCCCAUUUGAAGUUGGUCAUGGGGAUGCUUCAUGGCAGCGGAGCUGAAUUUGUCCUUUCUCUCGUGAAUGGCAAUCCAAAUGUCCAUGUUGAGUCCCAUGUAGCCUGUGCUUCAUACAAGCAGGGAUGAUCUCUAAGAAGCUUGAUUAUUCCUCACAGGAUGGUUAUUCAGAGACGGGGCUACCUGCUCAGAUACACCCCACCAGCCUGUUUGCUAGUCACCUGUCUCAGUGUUAAAUUGUGAAUGAAAAUCCAGUGUUUGGGCUCACACAGGAACCUUGGAGAAGUGGACCCUUCUGUGUGAGAAACCUGCAGUAAAUCGAAGGACAUUUUUCACCAAAUAUUAUAUCCAGUCAGUUCUAAGGCCACCACUAGUCAUGUCCUGUGGACAUUUGGGAUUGUGCUCUGAUUAGUCCUCAGCCACUUGAAGGAAAGGUGUGGCAGUCGGCGUACCACUGGUAUAAAGUAUUAGCAAAGUAUAGUUCAAAUUAACUGACAUGACCAAGAGCUUUUCUCUUUCAAAAGAUGGAUUUUAUUGUAAAUAGUUUCUCAAGAUAUUUUUAACUGGAUCAUGAGCAUGGGGAGAGAAAGUUUCUCAGCUGCUAUGAAUUUCCCCGCUGUUUACUUCUCUCACAGUGGUAUUGCAUAUAUGAUUACAAAAUUUUAGGUUUUAUUUGUAUCUAUUACCCAAACCAUUCAAUUGUCUUUAAUUUCAUCGUUGUCCUUGAGGACCAGUGCAUGAAGAGCUGGUGGGAGAAAGUCCCUCCAGCCACUCAGCGCUCUAACCCAGGAUUAAAACCAUCCCAUCAAGUAGUGUGUGAAGUCCAGUCUCUGUAAACUCUCCAGACCAAACGUUGUUGACGUGGACUCCUGCAGUCUAGUCCCGUAAGUGGAAGGACAACCAGCUGCCAGCAGCUGCUGGGAAAGGUCAUAUGAGUACCACAUAGCACAGUAUUAAUUUAUAGCAGGAAUCAUAUCUUGUAAAAUGUAUAUAAGACACUUUUAUGGUGCAAUCAUUUGUCAGAUUUUUGUCUGUUACAUUGUUCUUAGAGUGUACAUUCUUCUCAUGCCUAAGAAUAUCACUGUAAAAUCUGCUGAAAACUAUUUUUAGGUUUUAUUUGCACAAGACUGAAUUAGUUUGAGUUUUUGAGAAGCUCCUAUUGAACAAGCCUAAACAUCUGUAAAGAUAAAAAUCUUCAAUUCAUUAAAAGCAACCAUUUCAGUA